CCAAACACUACAAAAAUCUAUACAAAGGAUAACGGCGAUUUCAAGAGGAUUCAAACGAUAUUUCUUUGUUUUUGAAACUCUGCCGUCCUAAGAAAAUUAGCUUUCUUUCUUUACUUUUUUUCUUCAGCUUAGUGGUUUCUUUCGUUUCCUCAAGUUGAGAACCUUUGCUCCUGCAGGACGAAGUAUUCCUCCUGCACAUAUCUAAUUUUCCGGUUAUUUCUUUGCAUAGAUAUCUUUCAUCUUUUUGGAUUCUUUUUUGUUUUCAUAUUUUUUUCAUUGGUUGUUAAGGUUUUUUCCUUUUUCUACUUUCCUUUCUCUUUUAUUGGCAAUUCCUUGCUGAUUUCUCCUUUGCAUUCAAAAUACUAACAGGACGCUCAAGCGUCGAUUGAUUGAUUCCCUUAAUAUCUCUCAUCUCUCUUUUCUUUUUUACAAAACGUUUUCUAUAAAGCUUUGGAAGUAAAAUCUAUUCCUUCCCGUUCUCCUCUUCCUUUUUUAAUAGAUUUCUUUUCUUCCUCCCCUUUUUGAUCGUUGGUUUGUUACAAAUAGCAACUAGCAUUGUGUUUUGCAGCUCAACUUUUGUAUAAAAGUUACGGUUACUAUUCACUUCUAAACGAAGUGCUAUAUCUUUGUCUCAUCCCUUUUUUCAUUUUCGGGAGUUUGCAACUUUGUUUGGUUGGUUGUAAACCGUUCUGCAUCUGUCCUUUCACUUUCUUUUCAUUACUUUCCUUCUUUUUUCUUUUGCAUUUCUUUCUUUCUUUCUUUCCUAUCCAUAUUUCUUUAAAAAUUUGGGGUUUCUUUCGAGUUGGAACUAUAUACCUUUUUGCAUCUAAAAAGUCUGUUCGUCUUAAUCCGUCAAAUCCCAAUUUCCUAUAUUUGAAUCAUAUAUCAUUCUACUCUCGUUUGCUAUUUUUUUAAACUAUCAUUCCAUAUUUGCUCCUAAUUUUUUGAUUUACUAUCUCCGUUCUUUACGAAAUUAGUUCUUAUGUAUAGUCUUCGCGAACUAUGGAUCUGUAAAGCUAUCAUUGCUUUUCUACUUCUGCUUCUUCCUCUUGCAUAUGCUGCGCCAUACUCUAAGGAAGAAGAACCGUGGAACUUAAAUACAAACAAACAUGCCACGGAUAUUCUUGAGUAUUCAGGUGUGUGGUCCGAUCAUACCUUUUUCCAGAGCCCUGAGAACUGGCGUAUGAACUUUAUUGCUAUUAUCCUCGAUCGUUGGUCCGAUGGUGACCCAACCAACAAUGAUAUUUUAGGUACCCCAUUCGAAAAUGAUAUUUCUGAAGUUUCUUUUCGUAAUGGUGGUGAUAUAGUUGGUUUGGAACGUUCUUUAGACUAUAUCCAAGCUCUUGGUAUUAAAGGUAUCUAUCUUGCUGGUACUCCCUUUGAAAAUCAACCAUGGGGUUAUGAUCAGUUUUCUCCUCUUGACUACACCAUUUUGGAUCAUCAUACGGGAACUAUUGAUCAAUGGCGUUCUGCCAUCAACGCUAUUCAUAGUAGAGGCAUGUAUUUGAUACUUGAUCUUACCGUUGCAACCCUUGCUGAUUUGGUUGGUAUAGUUGGUCAUCUUAAUGAUACCGGCGGUGUCCCAUUCAACUUGAACGAAUAUAAUGCCAUGUGGAAGACCCAUCAACACUACGCCGACUUUAACUUUACCAAUGUCUAUAACACAUCAUGUGAAUAUCCUAAAUUCUGGGGUGAAGACGGUAGUCCUGUCGUUUUGCAGUAUAAAGGCUGUUAUGAUUCUUUUUUUGAUCAAUACGGUGAUACUGAAGCUUUUGGUGCUCACUCUGACUGGCAGCGUCAGCUGUCCAAGUUUGCUUCUGUACAAGAUCGUCUUCGUGACUGGAAUCCAAACGUUGCGGUGCGGUUACAACACUUGUCUUGCUUGGUCAUCUCCAUGUUGGACGUGGAUGGUUUCCGUAUUGACAAGGCCACUCAAAUGACCGUUGAUUUUAUCGCUGAUUGGUCCAUGCAUGUGCGUGAAUGUGCAAAAAAAUACGGGAAGGAGAACUUUCUCAUCGUUGGUGAAGUUACUGGUUCUUCCAGCUAUGGUUCCAUUUACUAUAAUCGUGGUCGUCAGCCAGACCAGCGUCCUGCCAAUGGUACAAUCGCAUAUAACCUUACUGCUAAUGAUAAUAAGUAUUCCUUGCGUGACAGGGAUCAUGCAGGUUUUGAUGCUUCUGCCUUCCAUUAUUCCGUUUAUCGCGCACUUGUUCGUUUCCUCGGUAUGGACUCAAAGGUCGAAAUUGGGUAUGAUGUCCCUUCUAGGUUCACCGAUGCGUGGGAACAAAUUCAGGUAAACGAAGAUGCCGUUAAUAUUAAUAGCGGUAUAAUUGAUGCUCGCCAUAUGCUUGGUAUAACUAACAACGAUUUGUUCCGUUGGGGCUCAUUAUUAAAUGGUACCGAAAAGGCCAUUCUGGGAACCAUGAUUACCACGCUCAUGUUCCCUGGUAUUCCAUUGUUAUACUAUGGUGACGAGCAAGGCAUGUAUGUCUUGGAUAAUAGUGCAGAUAACUAUCUAUACGGCCGUCAAGCUAUGAAUAGUGCCAGAGCAUGGUUUAUUCAUGGUUGUUAUUAUGGUAAGGCGGCUUCUUAUCCGAGAGCUGAUUGGACUCCUGCCAAUAAUGGAUGUAAAGAUGAGUGGAACUAUCUCGAUCACUUUGAUGUAGCUUCAGCUCAUCACAAUAUUUAUAUGAAUAUGAAUUCUAUCCGCCGUCAUUAUUACGCUUUGAGCGAUGGUUAUCGCUUUGAGAUGAUCGGGAGUUGGACCAAUGAUUAUUAUUUCCCUGAUAGCCAACCUUAUGCCACUACCAUGGGUUUAUAUAGCGUCUUGCGUGGUCCAAUGGAAGGCAUUCAGCAUCAAUUUUACGACGAUAUAGUUGAGACUGAUAAGAAUAGAAAGACUAUAGUAUGGAGCCUGUUUGCUAACAGAAACGACACUACGACUUGGAAUUUCUCAUGCAAAGACAAGGAUGCGAUUAUUGGUCCUUGGAAGGCUAAUACUAUAGUUAAGAAUCUUAUUUACCCUUAUGAUAAGCACAAACUUCAAGAAUCUUGGAACGAGACAUGGGGUUGUCUACCUGGCGUUACAUUCGAUCCUUAUCAGUUCAAGUUGCUUGUGCCUGAAGAAGAUUUUGUUGAAAAUGAUCCUGUGAUCACAAGAUUGAAUCCUUCACAUGACUAUAGAAUGGAUUAUAAUGGUACCGAACUUCCCAUCGAAAUUGAGUUUUCCCGCCCCAUGGAUUGUGACUCAAUAACAAAUUCCCUUAAGAUCCAAUCGUCCACUCUUCCCAAGAACAAGACCGCUCGUUAUAUGGAUGGAUCUGCUUCCUGUAGAAACUACUCUGAUUCGGAGAUUAACAGAAACUUACUACAUGUUCAGUCACCUGGUGUCUUCCUAUGGUCUGCCAAACUUACUGACAUUUAUGAGGGAAUUCAUCGUGUUUCAGUAGGACCAGUCAGGACUUCUGAUAAUUCUUCUGGGACGUUGGCUCGAGAUAAUUUUCUGUUUCGAGUUGGCAGUAGAAAUAAUCCUCUUGUGUUUUAUGCUGCAAAUUAUUCAUCUAAUUUGCUUACGAAGCAAAAUAACAGCCUUUACGUUAAUCAUACUGCAUCCGGAGCUACAAAAUUCCGGUAUAGUACGGACUUUCAAUCCAGUUGGAGCGAUUGGAUGGACUAUAACGGUGGAUUGACGAAAUUAAAACCAGCUAAUUGGACUGGUACCAAAAAACAAGCCUGGGAGGGGGAGCAUGUUCAUGUUCAAUACUGGAGUGACUUAACCGCUUCUGCUAAUUACAUGCAACAAGGCGAUUAUGAUUUCAAGUAUCGCAGACUAUUCCCCCACAUGUUCUUGGAAGGUGAUUUUAACCAGUAUGGUUAUGAUUCCGGUGUUCAAAAUGAGUUUAAACAAGUCGAUGACUCAUUAUGGGAAGUGGGUUUUACUAGCGCUAAGUAUCCUGCAACUGUCCAAUUCAAUGUCUGGGGUAUGAAUCCAGACGGUAAGCCUGAUAGAACUCAUGUUUACGGAAGUCAAGGUAAGUCGUCUGUUUUGAGUCGAAGUGAUCCUGCUUCCUUCAUAUCAAACAAUGUUACAAUUAAGGAAGGUCCUAAUGGAACACGUCUCAGUUACAAAAUUAAAUUCAGAGAUGAUGCAAUGUUUUUUCAACUGUAUCCUGCUGGCGAAUGGAGCGUAUCGAUUGCAAUUUAUGUUUUGUGCAUUGUGGUACCUCCAAUUUGCGCUAUUUUUGUUUCAUGGAUGUUCAAAAAUUCUUUUUAUACUGUCAAAGUUAAUAAGCAUGGUAACGGGGACUUUGGAAAAUUUUAUCCUCUUAAAACUUUGGUACCUUUCAAGAAAAAGAACGAUUCUGAAUUAACUGGAUCUUCUGAAACUGCCGGAGGUGGUUUAGCCCGGAAAAAGAAAUGUGUUUUGAUUGCCACUUUGGAAUAUGAUAUAACUGAUUGGCAAAUUCGAAUCAAGAUUGGCGGUUUGGGUGUGAUGGCUCAGUUAAUGGCUAAGAAUCUCAAACAUCAAGAUUUAGUUUGGGUUGUUCCAUGCGUCGGUGAUAUCGUCUACCCGGAAGCUGAGGAGGCUGCUCCUAUAGAAGUUAAAAUCAUUGAUCAGACUUACACCAUAAACGUUUAUCAUCAUUACUUGGAUAAUAUCAAAUACGUUCUACUCGAUGCUCCAGUUUUCAGACGACAGACCACUGUGGAGCCAUAUCCAGCACGUAUGGAUGACCUUGGUUCCGCGAUCUUUUAUUCUGCUUGGAACCAAUGCAUUGCUGAGGUUAUUCGUAGAAAUCCUAUCGAUAUUUAUCACAUUAACGAUUAUCAUGGCGCCCUUGCCCCCUGUUAUCUCUUGCCUGAUGUGAUUCCCAUCGCUCUUUCCCUGCACAAUGCUGAAUUUCAAGGUUUAUGGCCCCUUCGUACAUCCGAGGAGAAGGAAGAAGUAUGUGCGGUAUAUAACAUUUCCCAAAGAAUCUGCUCCCGAUAUGUUCAAUUCGGAAACGUUUUUAACCUGCUGCAUUCUGCUGUUUCUUAUAUUAGAAUUCAUCAGAAGGGUUUUGGUGCAGUAGGUGUCUCAAACAAAUAUGGCAAGCGUUCAUGGGCUCGUUAUCCUAUUUUCUGGGGACUGAAGAAAAUUGGUAAGCUUCCCAACCCUGAUCCAACUGACACUGAUGAUGUUUCGGAUACACCUGAAAAGGUAGUUGAUGUCGAUCCGGAUAUGGAGAAAACCAAGGUUGAACAUAAGAGACUUGCUCAAGAGUGGGCCGGGUUAGAAGUUAAUGAUAAAUAUGAUUUACUGGUGUUUGUUGGACGCUGGUCUUCUCAAAAAGGUGUUGACUUGAUUGCCGACAUAGCCCCUCCUUUAUUGGAAUCGUACAAGGUUCAAUUGAUUUGUGUCGGUCCUGUCAUUGAUCUGUAUGGUAAAUUCGCUGCGGAAAAGCUUGACCUUCUUAUGAGGAAAUAUCCUAAUCGCGUCUUUUCCAGUCCAAAGUUUACCCAGCUACCUCCUUACAUCUUCACUGGUGCUGACUUUGCUUUAAUUCCUAGUCGUGAUGAACCUUUUGGUUUGGUUGCUGUUGAAUUUGGACGUAAAGGUACUUUGGGUAUUGGUGCAAAAGUCGGUGGUUUGGGUCAAAUGCCCGGCUGGUGGUAUUCUGUUGAAUCUAGUGCGACUCCCCAUUUAUUGAAACAGUUUGAGCAAGCUUGUCAGCAGGCCUUAUCAUCAUCACAGCGUACUAGAGCUAGGCUUCGCGCUCGUUCUGCCAAGCAACGUUUCCCAGUCUCUCAGUGGAUUGGAAAGUUGGAAGCACUUACCGAUGGCUGUAUAAAGGCUAAUCAGAAGUUUGGGAAGAACUCACGUGCUCGUUCUUCUUUCUAUUCCUUAAUUCACGAGUCUUUCAGUCGCUCUUCAGAUGUUUUGCCUCAGGCUAGUGAUAACGGUUUAGCUGCUAAGCGAGCAGAAGAAGCUGAAAUGAUAAUGAUGAGUAAUGAGGAUUCUGCCCCCACAGGUGGUGCUAAGAUUGGAAGAUCGUUAUCUUUGGGUAGUCAUCGUGGCCCUGGUCAUACGGGCAAUGAUGAUUCUAGUGAUGGAUUGGAUACCAUUCAGGAAGAGAGCAUGAAUGGUGGUGAUUCCCACUCUGGAGACUCUGGUAAUUCUCCUGCUGGAAUUGAUGAUGAGAAUCUCCAUUCGCCUUCUGAGUAUAGUUUUGAUUCUGCUGAUUACGAAUUUGAUCCCCAGCGCUCCUACUAUUAUGAUGAUUUAUUCGAUGAUGAAACUACAAUUAGAAACACACCCUCCUUCCGUCCGCAAAUGGGCAACUUCAACCCGGAACAUGGAGUUGGUGCUACUUUGAGUCAGGAUGAUUUGAUUGAUAGUUCUCACCCUAGAGACUCCGAAGCACUUAGUCCUCCAGUAGCUCCUUAUGCCAACAAUUCACGAAACAAUCCAUAUUCUUAUGGCAACCUUCAGACGGAUUCCAGUUUAAGUCUUGCUUCUGUUAUGUCUGGAAAAGAAAAGCGGGACUUCUCGUUAACUAAAGUUGAAGAAAUUUUCACAGACGAGGAUGGUAAAGCUCUUAAAGCAUUCCAAGAUAAGUUACAGAAACUCACUGCUAAGAAUUCCAAGGAUGAUCUCUGUAUUGAGCAGUUCAUUAUGAAAUCUGAGCGGAUGUUCUAUCACGAAAAACGUGCAAUCAAACUUGGUUUGCAAAAGCCAAAUAAGUUGCAUGUGAAUGCCGCUUCGUCUCAAUCUGGCACUGAUGAGGAGUCUUUAAGCAAUGGUCAUGCUUCUUAUGAUGAUAUUAUCGGUUUAACUGAUGAAACCCCAUCCUAUACUCAACUGGAAGAGGAGUCAGAAUACAAGACUAUUCAUGGGUUGCAAAAGUUCAUGUUGUUUAAGAUAUACGACUGGCCUGUGUAUUCCCUUUUUAUUGCUUUAGGUCAGAUCCUUGCGUCAACCGCAUACCAAUUGACCCUUUUCACUGGUACUAGCAGUAUAAAAACAUACCAAUUGUAUGCUAUAUGUGGAUUUUUUAUUGCAGCUUCUUUCUUUUGGUGGUAUGUUUAUUCUAAGGUUCCGGCUUACUAUGUUUUGUCCUGCCCAUUCUUAUUUUACGCCCUUGCAUUGUUUUUGGUUGGUCUACCUGCUUUUGACCGCAUAGCAGGUGGGAGAGUAUGGAUUACAAACGUCGGUGCCUGGGUUUAUUCAAUUGGUUCUGCUAGUGGAUCAAUCUUCUUCUCCCUUAACUUCGGUGAAGAAGGCAGUGUUCAAACACGCGUAUGGGUUUUCCGUGCUUGUUUAGUGCAAGGACUUCAACAAGUCUGGUCAGCAGCUUUGUGGUAUUGGGGUGCACAUUUGAAUAAUAAAGUAAACGAAGGUGAUGCGAACAAUUAUAGGGUAAGCCCUGCUAUCCCUGCGAUCACUUGGCCUUUGAGUGUGGUUUGUAUAAUAAUCUCCGUUAUCCUUUAUAAGGGAUUGCCUCAAUAUUAUAGGCAAUUAUCAGGUACUAUUCCGGCAUUUUACAAGUCUUUGUUAAGACGGAAACUUGUUGUUUGGUUCUGCAUUGCGGUUUUCCUUCAAAACUUCUGGCUUUCCACGUUGAAUGCUCGUUCAUGGUCAUACUUUUGGGAUCUUGGUGAAAUUCCUCAAUGGCAAAUGUUCUUGUUAAUGAUUGCUUUCUUUAUUGUUUUAUGGGCGUUGUUACUUGGUGUUUUAGCUUGGAUUGCACGUACUCACUCUUGGAUUAUAUGCGUUUUUGGUGUUGGGCUUGGUGCUCCUAGAUGGGUUCAAACAUUCUGGGCUACAUCAAAUAUCGGUCUGUAUUUGCCGUGGGCUGGUCGUGCGGGACCGUAUCUUGGCCGUACUCUUUGGCUUUGGUUAGGUGUUUUGGAUUCCGUUCAAAAUGUUGGUAUUGGUAUGAUUUUGCUACAAACACUUACGCGUCGCCAUGUUGCUAGCACUUUGAUGACCGGUCAAAUUAUUGGUGCUGUUGCUACGAUGAUUGGACGUGCAGGCGCUCCUAAUCGUCUUGGUCCUGCUAAUGUCUUUAUUGAUUUCACUCAAUGGUCUCGAGGUGAUGGUUCGGCGAUUCUUGCAAGCGCUCCUUUCUGGAUUUGCAUAAUUUGCCAACUUGCAAUUUGUGUCGGAUUUUUAGCCUUCUUCCGUCGUGAAAACCUUAACCGACCUUAGUCUUAUCAAAUGAUGUUAGCAAGAGAUGAUGAUGCAUGAAGACGAAAAUAAUUCGCUUGUGCCUAAGAAGCAGUACGCUACAUGUUACAUUCUUAUCAUUGAAGUUUAGUGGAAGGAAUGAUUGUCUUCAUGUUGAGAUUUCCUAUUAAAUACUGUUAAUAAGGCUAUGAAUGGUAAUGAUUAACUGGUAAGUUAAUCAAGAAUUUAAAUUUCAUUGGGGAUUUGUUCAUGAUACUUAUGACCUUGUUCGUUGAUUUUGAGAUAUACUUAUGAUCGUUGUCUUACAAACAAGAAGUUUUCUACAAAACCAAUGUAUGUAUGUUUGCCCAAGGAUUGAGCAAACAAUUAAGUUACUUUAAAACAUUUUCAUAUUUUUAUAUAUACACAUAUAUUAUCAUAAUUUGCAUUAGAACCCUUGUUUUAGUCAAUAAGCAUUACUUUGCAUUGGUAUAA